UUUAUAAUAACGACAACGCCCUAGUAAAACGUCGUCAUCUUGACCGAUGACUUAACUGUUGCAGUGUACUUGCAUCCCUGGCCUUCGUCCCAACCAACUCCCUUCUCUUCCCCUUGUUUCCCCUCUCCGUCUCGACAUCAACUCCCCCAGACCCAACCACCGUUUCAUUCCUUAUUCUAGUCCUGACCAACGAGGGGCUCUGCUCGGGGGAAAAUUAUUGCUCAUUGCCCUAUCCGCUUGCCUUUGUUACCAGCGCCUCUUUUUUACCUCUUCUCCUUACAUUAUCAGCUUGCCUUUUCUGGUUUGUUUCUUCGUUAUUUCAAAUUUUACAAUCUGAAGAUAAUUUAUUCAACUUUUUGGAUUGGCUACAAUUGGUACUUAGUACUUUCAUGAAUUAUGGUUUUUAUUACGAGUUGUGCUAGGCAUAAACCUACUGUACAUUACGACAAUGGCUGCGUAUGUUGUGAGGUCUGUGGAAAAGUUCUCCAUCAAGAUGUGUUCACCGAAGAACCUACUUUUGUCAAGGGUGCGGGAGGAGAGAGUCGAGUGGCAGGUUCCUACGUAAAAUCCAUUCAAAGUGGUUAUUCAGAAUCAUUUAGGAGGACCAUAGAUAAAGGGAGAGAUGAGAUAGAUCGUAUGGUUACAGCCUUUAAUAUAAGUGGUGGUGACUCUAUAAUAAAUCCUGCCUGUUCAUUUUAUCAGAUAGCAGUUGAACGGAAUUUUACUAGAGGGCGUAGAACAGAGCAAGUUGCUGCUGCCUGCCUUUAUAUUGCAUGUCGUGUAGCUAGAGAUCCAAAACCAUUUCUUCUUAUUGACUUUUCAGAGUUUCUAGGGAUCAACGUUUAUGUGCUAGGCGCUGUAUUUUUGCAGCUUUGCCAACUUCUAAGCCUUGGAGAGCAUCCUACUAUCGUAAAACCUGUUGAUCCUUCACUUUAUAUUCCCCGGUUUGCAGAAAAACUAUUAAAGGAAAGAAACAUGAAGGUCUGUGGAACUGCAUUACACAUUAUAGCAAGCAUGAAAAGAGAUUGGAUUCAGACAGGCAGAAAACCUAGUGGGCUGUGUGGUGCAGCAUUAUAUAUAUCUGCCCUUUCACAUGGGUACAGAUUCUCAAAGUCUGACAUUGUAAAAAUUGUGCAUAUUUGUGAGGUAACGCUAACAAAACGAUUGAUGGAAUUUGAGAAUACAGAUUCAGGGAUAUUAACGGUUGAGGAGUUGAUUAAGAAUGCUUCAGAGGUUAAGGCAUGCGAGCUAUCAGAGGAUAGGUCCCUCAAGUCUGGGGAACUGCUGUGUGAACAUAAAAAUAGUGGGAAACCUCAUUUUGCCCAUGGACUUUGCAGAAGUUGUUAUGAAGAUUUUGUUGAACUUUCUGGGGGACUGCAUGGUGGGUCAGAACCUCCUGCAUUUCGGCGUGCUGAAAGGGAGAGAAUAGCCAUGGAAUCUGCUAAUAAGCAGGGGGGCGAAUCAAGUGUUUUCUUAAUGCCUUGGCUAGGGUCAGAAAACAUUGAACAGCUUGAAGGAAGCCAGAAGGCAACCAAGAAUGAACGAUUGGACCUGAGAGAGAAUGACAGUAAUUCUGCUGCCAUUGGAGAUCAGGUUGAAACAGAUAGUGUUUCUGAUGCCUGCCAGAAAUCCAUGGAUACAAGUUUGGUCAAUGAUGAUGAAUCAGAUGGCCUUUCUGAUAUUGAUGAUGUUGAGGUGAGUGGCUACCUCAACAAUGAGGAGGAGACGCGGUUUAAGAAGAUCAUCUGGGAGGAAAUGAACAAAGAGUAUCUUCAGGAACAAGCAGCAGCAGCUGCUGCUAAGAUGGAAAGUCAGGCCAGCUUUCAGAAUUCUUCUGAUGAAUUGCGAGCCGCACAUGAACUAGCUGCAGCAGCUGCGGCAGCUGUGGCAAAGUCAAGAAAGGAGCGGAAACGAAAACAAGAUGUGAAUGCCAAUCCUGCUCAAACUGCUGCUGAAGCAGCUCAUCAAAUGCUGAUCAAGAAGAGACUCAGUUCGAAAAUCAACUACGAUGUAUUGGAGACCCUCUUUGCGGAAAAGCCAUCUUCUGAUUCGAAUAAAAAACUCAAAGCAUCAAAUGAUGAUGGCGAUGCCAAAGGGCAAAGUAAUGGUGAGAAAGAGCAUGACGGGGAUAUCACGGACAACUACGAUGAACUGGGACAAGGCUAUGAGAACUUGGAACAGGAAGAUGUCAACGGAACAUAUGGCAAUGAAUUGCAUGCUGACUUUGAAAAUGAAGAGGAUGUGUAUGGUUAUAACUACGAUAAUGGUGAGGAGGAAUAUUGAUGCAAUCAGAUGCAACUCUCCGAAGGCUGAUUCGAUUUCAUUGAAGCUUCGAAAUAACAAAAUCAGUGGGUACGGAGAUAGGAAGGAAACACAAAUUGAAUUAAAGCUUUCUUCUAUUUUUCCCCUUCUAAGGCAUGUGCCAUUAUGUUGAGGGUAUUUUAGUAAAAUUAUAUAUACAUAAUAUAUAUGUUACUGUAUAUAUUGCCAGAGUUGGAUACAUAAGCUCCUCAAAUGUGUAUGUUUAGAUUAUCCCUUCUCUCAA